CCUAUAAACCGGAUGCUACAUCUUUAAAGCUCUUGAGUGGUGGAGGAAGGAUAAUAAGACUAAGGAAAAUGAACUCUCUCCAGACCCUGUGACUGGCCUGAACUAAACAGAGCACAUGCCAUAAGAGAAAAUCUGCAUUCACCGCUCCGUAGAAAAUGUCUUAUGGUUCCAUUGAUGGGAGCGGAUUCGGAAGCCGGAACCCCUUUGGAGGCCCAUCAAGACAAGGAUAUCAGCCCCUAGCCACCCAGAUCGAUCCCAACGAACUCCAGGAAUUGUUUCAGGAAACUUCAGCCAACAUCUUCCGAAUUAACUCCAAUGUGACUUCCUUGGAAAGAACCCUUCGAUCUCUUGGGACAUUGAAUGAUACGCAAGAGCUGCGAGAUGGACUGCAUGCAACCCAGCAAGAGACCAAUAAAACCAUUACCACCAGCACCAAAGCUAUCAAGCAGCUGUCUGAGAUUAUCAGAGGUUCAUCUAGGCAAGAGCGACUUCAGCUGGACAGGUUGAAUAACCAGCUGUCUGAUGCCAUCCAGCGAUAUGGAGCUGUGCAAAAGAAAAUAGCAGAGAGGUCCAAAGCUUUGCUUCCUUCCACGCAGAGAAGUAGCAAACAGAGCCCCAAGACCCCCUUCUCCGACCUGGCUGAUGAUGAGAAGAUUUUUAAUGGAGGAGAUGGCAUGUGGCAGAACCAGAGUCAGGAUCAAGCUCUGCUCUCGGAAAUCACAGAAGAGGACCUGGAGGCCAUCCGUCUGCGGGAAGAAGCCAUUCAGCAGAUUGAGAGUGACAUGUUGGAUGUAAACCAGAUCAUUAAAGACCUGGCCUCCAUGGUUUAUGAACAAGGCGACACAAUAGGAACCAACCUCAACAUGUUGACAUGCAAGAGAAGUUCCGCACCAGAGUCUGCGAUUCCUGCUCAGUUGGUUGCUUCUACUUCUGACCCUGCUGCUCGCGGGAAUGUUACCAUGUUCACACACUAUGCUGCUGGAACGCCACCUCAAGGACAACACUCGCAGACCAAGACAAGGAAACCCAAUUUUAGUCCACAGGAGACUGAAGUGCUUGUGCAGAAGGUCACCAAACACUACCAGCUACUUUUUGGGGCUUUAAGGGGGACCCCUGCCAAGAAGCACAGAGUGUGGAAUAAGAUCCUACAAGCUGUCAAUGUGUUGGGGUAUUGCAGACGGGACAUGGGGGAUCUGAAACACAAAUGGCGAGAUCUCCGUGGGGUAGUGAGGAAAAAACUUGGGGAACAUCAGAGAGCUGCAGCUGGAGGAGGGCCACCACAGUCCCUUGUUCUCACUCCAGUGGAGAGAAUGGUAGCAGAAACAUUCUCCACUCAAGCCAUCCAAGGAGAGGAUCAAGGAGUUGACACCUUGAGAAAUAGUAUUGAAGCCAACAUUGAGACUGCAUCUUCUAAUGUAGAAUCAGCCAAUGAGCAGUUGGCUAAAGCCAGUCGGCACCAAAGGAGCAGAUUUAAAAUGGCUGCUGGCCCCCAGAAGAGGAAAAAAAAGUUUUCUCCUGUAGAACUUGAGAUUUUGGUGGCGGAGGUGACCAAAAAUCACGCUAGGCUCUAUGGGAGUGAGAGAGUCAACCUGAGCCAGCCAGAGAGGGAGAAGAUAUGGUGCAGCAUUGCCAGGAAGAUCAAUGCUGUUGCCAGGUCCCCCAGGACCACCCGGGACCUCCGGAGGAGAUGGGAUGAUAUGAAGAGGCGCACCAAGGAGAAGCUGGUGGAGAUGAGUCGCUCAACGAGGGAGCCCAGACCUGAUACUGUGCUGGUGCGGAUUUUGGAAAGUCCUUUGCUUGGGCAGGAGGCGACUAUUAUACAGGCUGAGGCCAGAAUGGUGGCAGAGGAGGAGGAUGGUGGUGGUGGUGAUGAUGUUAUGCACACUGAUGGCCCUCAUAUACCUCUGGAGCUUCAGUCAGAUGAGGAGGAGGAAGUGCCUGGUUGCACAUGGGUGCCUUUGAGGACUAUUGAAAUGCCUAUGCCAGCUGAGACAGAUGCAUUAGAGCAGCGGGGGGCACUGCACACCUCAGUUUCCUCUCCAUCCCCACCUUCCUCUCCACAGAUGCAACAGCGGGCUGCCUAUGGGAGGCAGUCAUCCCAGACUGCCCGGCAUCCUAAGCGGAAGUACAACAUCUCAGAGUUUGAGAAACAGCUGAUGGAUGCCCAUCUCCAGCAAAGCACCCUCUUGUCCUCCUGGUACCAGCAGCAGAGCUCCCUCAUGAUCCAGCAGAAUCUCAUCUUGGAGAACUUAGUGGAACAGAACAAGAGGCUGGCAGACAAUGUCGAGUCACUCAACCGGACACUGGAGAAGCUGGUUGACUACCAGCAUCCGCGCAGGGAGACAGUACAUUUUGUGCAAGACUGCACCUCUGGGACUUCUGCCCAUCUGCCCUCCCGGAUAGCCAGCGGCGAGUCUGUGGGGCAGUCAGGGAUCGAGGUGUUCUCGGGAAUGAUCUUGAAAGUCGAAGAGGAGAUCUAAACAGAAACACAGACUCUUCUCAAACACUAUUUUUAGAGUUUUAAAAGAGAGUUCUCUAAAGCGAACACUUUUUAUGAUGGGUAAAAAAUUCCUCGUGUUUUGUAGGUCACGGUAAAUGCUACAGUAGCUCUUUUUUUAGUGGGUCAAGAUUCUUCCGUAUAUUCUACACAUAGUCUUUUUUGGUUGCCCAAUAUGAGACAGGAUAUCAUUCUUUUUUAUAACCAGCAGUGCUGUCCAUUUAUGAGAAACAAUUUUGUAUCAGUUCUUUUUAUUGUGAAAGAUAUUUUUCUUACAUAAAUCCAAAACAUAUAAAAAUAAA